UAUCGAUAACACGACGAAAAUUUGGUUGCCGAGCGUGUGUGCGCUGCCCUGUCCGUGUACACUUUAUUUUCAAUUGGUGAAAAUUGUUAUAAAACUAGCGAGGAAAUAUGUGAAAAUAAGAAAAGGCCCAAUUUCGACACUCGAACUGUGCGUGCACAAUCGAAUUGGCGACCAUCCGACCGCGAAAACCUGAUAAAAGGCAUAAAAAUAACAAAGGCGUUAGCAAACGAACGACGGGCGAACGAAGGCAUAUAGACGCUUAUACCGAUCGUUCCCAUACAGUUGUGUAUAUUUAGUCAUUGCAACUGAUUAACUUGACGCAAGUAAAUGCAAGUAUAAACUCAAAAACGGCCAACGCAGAGCAAAAGUACAGUGAAAAUUGGUCGAUUGUCGGCGCACGAAGACGAAUACGAACAAAAGGAAGAAGAAGCGAACGAAACAAACGAGAAAGAGAAACCAAACGAACGGCGAUUUUGCAUUCGUGUGUGUGUUUGUAUGUGCUCGAGUGCGCGCGCGUGUGUAUGUGUGAGGGUGGAAUAUAAACAAAAAAUAAUUAACAAUACGAAUAUCAAGAACGAUUGCUCUACUUGGCGAAAAGUAAAAUGUCACAUUUGCCACUAGAUGCACGGGCCAUUCUCCAGUAUCUAAAUGAUUUGGGCUAUAGGAACAUAUCAGCCGAGCAACUCCGUGAAUUUCUAAAAGACUUGCGCAAGCUCAUCAAGCAUGAGGAACGCCUGGCGGAGAACGCAAAGGAGAGCGAUUUCAGCGGCCUGCAUAAGCGCGGCACCGUCAGCUCGCGUGCCAAACUAAGUUUGGAUAAGGAUAAGGAGAAUGCGGCUCCAUCAUGUCCGUGUCCAUCUGCCAAGGAGAAGGAGUGCAAGACUGACAAGGAUGACGAUCUUAAGGAGCGCUCCGAUGGUGGGGCCAGUUUUGCUGACUUAGCUCGCCUUUUUAAGGAACAACUCUUGAUGGAUGCUUCUGUGCCUCCAAUGUCGGCUAACAAUGCAGUUCCCCAAAAAUCUCAGGUGAACGGAAGGCGUCGCAGCCGCAGCAAGACCCGCCGGGAAAAGGCACCAUCUAUUUCUAGCAGCGAAUCGGAGGCUAAUGAAGACCGCCUCAGGAUGCAACGCCGCCGCCGGAGCAAGUCGCAUCCGCGUAGCGCCUCCAAUCGGAGAUCUGGUUCGGUUCACCAACGUCGAAAAUCCAUGCACUGCGAUCCGGUGGCAUUAUUUCAGUACUAUCAGAAGGAGUGGGCUCAUUUUCGCAGCCAGAUCCCCGGCGAGAAUACCCGCAUCGGAGUACGCAGCAAGCCAAUGGGCCUGAAAAAGUGAAGAUCGAUUUCCGAUUCAACUAUAAAUAUUAAAAUUCCAUACUUCAUUCGAUUCCGCUGAACUGCAGUGAUUACUCACACUUAUUUAUACUUGUAUCCAUUCUUAACUCAUCAUUCUAAGCACUUCUUAAACAAAAAACAAACUUUCAAAGACGAAUAAAAAAAUUCUUUGCGCUU